AUGCUUGAUUGUCUUGAACAUCAUCCAUUUGAAAGUCUUGCACGAGCAAUAGUUUGCAAUACUGUACAACGUUUUGCACCUGAAUGGAUUAAAACACCAAUUGAAGUUCUUGCACGAGCCAUGUGUUUUAAUACAUUUACAAAAAACCGUCCAAGUAUUGAAAUUCUUGACAAUCAUGCAAUAUUUCGUCUUGCUGAACAACAACCUUUUGUAACAAAAGAACAAACGAACACUGCAAAUGAACAUUAA